ACGUCUGCAGACGAGUUACCCCCUAGCACUGAUACACACAAUCACUGCAGCCCAGAUUAGGGAAACGGUUCGUAGGCUGUCGGUGGCUGUGGGAGGUACUCAGCAGAGGAAAGGGGGAAAAAAACAGAGGAAAAAGGCUUGCGACUGCUGAUCAGAAGGCCUUUAGUGGAAACUUCGUGGUGGUGCUUUGGUUAGUUAUAUAUUUACAUUUUUUUUUUUGCGACGUCCAUUAAGCAAGGGCGAUCAGAUCCAAAAAAGAAAGGACUGCACUAAGAAGAGUGGAAAUGCCGUGUCCCCUUUUAGUUUUGGAAAAACUGUCUUUUUUUUUUUUGCAGCGCAAGGCCGCUUUUUGAUGCAGCUACAGCAAAAGAAUAGCGUUUUGUUGCCUGUCUAAAUUUAAAAAGGCUGAUUAUAAACGGGACCUACAAACCCUGCACCCCCUGUGAUUUAAUCGUUAAAACAAAUACAAAAAUUAGACCGGAAAGCACACCAACAAUUCAGGUUUUCUGUUUACUUUGCAAGAACGGCAAAAAUAAGUGAGCUGCUAGUAUUAAUUGAGUGAUGCAUUAGAUACCUACAGCUGGGCAAAGCGAGAACGAAACACAACGGGAAGAAUAGGAGCAGCCACCUGGACCAUCCCGUUUGUCUCUCCUUAGCGAGACCCCACCUGACACAAGACGGUGUUCUGAACAUAUUUCCUGCAGAAGCAAUGCACAGCGUGUAAUACAAGACAGGAUAACAAGGUAGAUAACUUUGAGACUAUUAAUGCAUUUUUGCAAACCCUGCUCCAUGCAUUCAGAAACCAUAUUUAAUCUCUAAUAUUAUAUUUACGGAAAACCAAUACGUUGAUAUUAUUGUACCAAAGAUAACAGUUAAUACAAAAUAAAUUGGCAAUAAUAAAACGUAGACUUCUAAAACAAACAAACAAAAAAUAAGUAACCACCCCAAUUCAUACACAGCUACGCUUCGUAAUUGAACGCCCUUGGUGUACUGCUCAGACAGAGAUUUAGCCACCCGAGUUAAUUUGCAAGUAUAAAUGCCACCUAAUCGCCGAGUUGAAAGCUGGUUUGCAACAAUGUGAAAUUACCUCGAGCAUCAGGUGGGAUAAAGACUGUCCGUCCUGCGUUCCACUGGGUCAUUUUAGUUACUGUGCUUUGUUUCGUCCAGACUUUGGUGGUGCAUUUUUUGGAUGAUAAAAUACUCCAGCAACAUCAUGAUCGAGUUGACCAAGAGACAGUGACAGUGAUACGGAGCUUUGUUUUUAGUUCCUGCAACUUCAUUUAAGACAGUGCCAUGCGCCCCCCUGGCGACCAGCUCUUGCCCACAUAGAGAUUGUGCUGUGUUCCGAGUCCCCCGCACACUCCACAGACAAUGCUGGGAAUGUGUCGUGGGCGCCGGAAGUUCCUUGUUGCCUCUCUUGCCCUUCUCUCCAUUCCCGCUCUCACCUGGCUGUACCUCUCUGUCGGGAACUUCCAAGAAGUGAAGCCCAUGCCCCUCUCUCCCGUAGACCCUCAAUCCCCCAUGGUAUCUGCCGUCCCCCGGGGACACCACGCUCUGGAGAUCAGGGUUAGAGAGGUAGAAGAAGAGAACCGCACCCUACGCAGGCAGCUCAGCCAAUCGCAGAGAGGCCACGCCCACAAGCCUCCCCAUGGGCACCACAGCAACCAGUCACGGACAUACUCCACAGAGGAGGGGACGGGGGACAACGAGGGCCAGCGAUCAGGAGCUCCUGGGAACAGCACGGACUGCGCACAGCACCCCCCAGUGGACAAGUGUGAGACUAUCCAUGUAGCAAUUGUGUGUGCAGGCUACAAUGCCAGUCGGGAUGUGGUCACACUUGUGAAAUCUGUCCUGUUUCACCGACGGAACCCACUCCAUUUCCACUUCAUCACAGACUCCAUCGCCCAGCAGAUCCUCGCCUCCCUCUUCCACACUUGGAUGGUCCCAGCUGUGCGAGUCGACUUCUAUGAUGCGGAUGAACUCAAGUCAGAGGUGUCCUGGAUUCCCAACAAGCACUACUCCGGGAUCUACGGUCUCAUGAAGCUGGUGCUGACUAAAACUCUGCCGUCCGAUCUGGAGCGAGUCAUUGUGCUGGACACUGACAUCACUUUCGCCACCGACAUCGCUGAGCUGUGGGCCGUCUUCCACAAGUUCAAAGGCCAGCAGGUGUUGGGAGUGGUGGAGAACCAGAGUGACUGGUACCUGGGAAACCUGUGGAAGAACCAUCGGCCAUGGCCAGCGCUGGGCCGGGGCUUCAACACAGGUGUCAUCCUGCUGCUGCUGGACCGGCUGCGCAAACUCAAAUGGGAGCAGAUGUGGAGACUGACAGCUGAGAGAGAGUUGAUGAGCAUGUUGUCCACCUCGCUGGCGGAUCAGGAUAUCUUUAACGCAGUGUUCAAGCAGAAUCCCUUCCUGGUCUAUCAGCUGCCCUGCUUCUGGAACGUGCAGCUCUCUGACCACACCCGCUCAGAGAAGUGCUACAAAGAUGUUUCGGACCUCAAGGUGAUCCACUGGAACUCCCCUAAGAAGCUGCGCGUGAAGAACAAGCAUGUGGAGUUCUUCAGGAACCUGUACCUCACCUUCCUGGAAUACGAUGGCAACCUCCUGCGCAGGGAACUCUUCGGCUGCCCCAGCGAGGCCGACCACAACAGCGAGAAUCUCCAGAAGAAGCUGUCUGAGCUGGAUGAGGAUGACCCCUGUUACGAGUUCCGCAGAGAGCGAUUCACAGUCCAUCGCACCCACCUCUACUUCCUGCACUACGAGCCUGAACCUGCCUCCGACAGUACUGACGUCACGCUGGUGGCCCAGCUCUCCAUGGACAGGCUGCAGAUGCUCGAGGCGAUCUGUAAGCACUGGGAGGGCCCCAUCAGCCUGGCCCUCUACCUGUCGGAUGCCGAGGCCCAGCAGUUCCUGCGAUACGCUCAGGGCUCGGAGGUGCUGAUGGGAAGGGCGAAUGUGGGCUACCACAUCGUUUACAAGGAGGGACAGUUUUACCCUGUCAACCUGCUGCGCAAUGUAGCCAUGAAGCACGUCAACACGACAUACAUGUUCCUGUCCGACAUCGACUUCCUGCCCAUGUACGGGCUGUACGAAUACCUCAGGAAGUCAGUUGUACAGCUGGAUAUGGCCAACACCAAGAAAGCUUUGAUAGUGCCAGCAUUCGAGACCUUGAGAUACCGCCUGUCCUUCCCCAAGUCCAAGGCAGAGCUGCUGACACAGUUGGAUAUGGGAACCCUCUUCACGUUCAGGUACCACGUGUGGACAAAAGGUCAUGCACCCACCAACUUUGCCAAGUGGCGCACAGCCACCACGCCCUACCGAGUGCAGUGGGAGGCAGAUUUCGAGCCCUAUGUGGUGGUGAGGCGGAAUUGCCCGGAGUACGACCGCAGGUUUGUGGGCUUUGGCUGGAACAAGGUGGCUCACAUCAUGGAGCUCGACGCACAGGAGUACGAGUUUGUGGUCCUGCCCAACGCCUACAUGAUCCACAUGCCUCACGCGCCCAGCUUUGACAUCACCAAGUUCCGCUCUAACAAGCAGUACCGCGUCUGCCUCAAGACCCUGAAGGAGGAGUUCCAGCAGAACAUGUCCCGUCGCUAUGGCUUUGCCGCCCUCAAGUACAUGACAGCUGAGAACAACAGCUAGUGCCCCGCGGGAUACCAGGCCUUCCCUCCCUGACGAUGUUACAGUGGGGCCGGGGGAAGGGGCUCGGACUUCUUUCAGAGCUGCAUGAAGGUACAAGAGAGACUCAGCUAGGUGUGAAGGGGAGACGUGGGAACAUGCCGUGGACCCCAAGAAGUAAGCAGUGGGUGGGAUAGCGACUAGUUCAGUUUCCCACAAACAGCCUACUCAUACCCGACAACAAACUUCAGAGCUCCCUGAAGACGAACUGGAAUCAGAGACCAUAGGGGGGUUGAAAUAAAACACUUUUGAGGCAGAGGUAUUCCCCUAUAAAGUUUAAGAACUUGCUGUCUGAUGUAAGCCGUCUGUGGCAAAAACAGCCCGAAUAUUUGGUGGCCAGUGUUUUGGAUCAAUCAAAUUUUCCACUGGCUCAAACUCUGUAUUUGCAUUGGAUUUCUUAUCAUGAAGAUAAAAAGUCUGACUCAAAUAUUAGCCUUCAGAGAAGAACAGAAAUGGAAAGUAAAUAAUUCCCCAAACAUCCUUAUAAGUAACUUUUCAACUCUAAAUCCUGUUGACAUCCCUAGUCCACAUUGGCAGUCUGUAAAAGUAGUUUUGUCCUGCUUCAUUGAUUGCAGUUUGUGAAGGGAAGCUGCUUUUCCCAGUUUUUAGAGUAGAGGAACGGGAGGUAGACUUGCUGCCUACUAGAUAGAGCUAUCCUUUAUAAACGUUUACUGCUUUAUUCCAAGUUUACAGAAAGCAUGGUAAAGAAAAGAGAAGUAUGGUAGGGCAUAAUAAAACUGCAUAUUAAUAAGCAAAUUUCCUGUGAAAAUGUAAUGUGGUAAACAUUUGGAAGGGUAAGGCACCACUGUAUUAUAAUGGAUUUGAAACCCCAGCUCAGCCAAUGAUACUGCUGUUUGACUGGGAUGAUCAGACCACCCUUAUGUUGUGCUGGCCAUUCGGUAACCAUGUUCAAACUGUAAUUCAGCUCUGCAGUAGACAACUGGACCUUCUAGUUUCUGAACGAGCAGUGUCUCUAAACAGGGAAAGAUGCAGAUUACAAAUUUAUCCAAUCCACUUCUGAAAAAGGAACAGCGUCCCAACAUUGGGAGGAGCAAGUCGCAGUUCAAUGAUGUCCCCUAAAAUACAGCCAGUGUUACCUAAUCCAACACAAUGGGCAAUGCCUAGCAGUGUUGAUGCUGAUUUCAUAAGCUAUUCAAGACUGGAACGUAAUAUUUUAUGUUGCUCUUUUUUUGCUGUCACAGGAGGCUUAUUCUGCUCCUGUCUCAUUACUUGUGAGUAUUCUUUAAGUGUUUACAGUUGUUUAAAAAUAUUUAAAAUAAAGAAAUAAAUAAAUGGCCUUA